AUGCAGGGCAACCAGUACUACACGAGCCAGCAGCCGUACUACGGCCAGCCAACCCCUUCGACCUCCACCUCCCUCGCCCAGCAGCACCCGACCAACGGCGACAUGGGCAUGUACCAGCAGCAGAUGGGGCACGCGCACCAGCAACAGCACUCGCAGCCGCAGUACCAGCAGCAGCACAUGCUCCAGACCCGCGACAGCACAGCAGGACCCAGUCGACAGUCUGCGUCGCACAGGCGCGACCACUCGAUGAGCGCGGCGUCGGGCGGAGCGGGCGGGCAGGCUGGCAGCGCGGGAUCGGGCGCAGGAGGGUCGUCGACGCGGCACCCUGCCGCGCCGUACCAGCGGCCAGAGGGCGCGUCGCACACCGUCAAGGCGAGCAGCACGACGAGCUUGUUCACGACCCGCAAGAACUGGAGCGAGCACAUCCUCCAGGAGCUGCAGGACUUCAUGCAAGUGCUCAGCCCGGCGGGCAACUUCAUCUUCGCGUCGGCGUCGGUGAAGGACUUGGCAGGCUGGACAGCGGACGAGCUCUUCGGACAAAGCAUCUUCGACUACAUCCACCAGGACGACGCACAUGCGUUCAAGCGCGACUUUGAGCAGUCGUGCCGGACAGGCGACACCCUCACGCUCUACUACCGCUUCAAGACCAAGGACGACCGCCACGUCUUGUUCGAGGUGACCGGCCACCCUUAUUACGAGGGUGGCAAGCCUCAGCAGUCGCCGAACCAGCCUGCCAAGUGCUUCUUCGCCAUGGCCCGACCGUACCCUUCGAAGAACCAGUCGCUCCUCGACGGCUUCCUCGAGCUCAAGUUCGAGAACGAGCGUCUGCGGCAAGAGUUGCUUCUCAUGUACAAGGAGGUCGAGGGCGACGGGUCCAGCGGUGGCUUCCCUUACGGCCAACCGGGCAUGUACCGCGGCGACUCGUUCGACGCCUCGCGCAGCACCGUCAUCGACCCCGCGACCGGCCUCGUCCAGACUUCGACGCUCAUCCCUUCGACCAGCAACACGUACGGUGCUCUGGGGAUUGGUAUCUCGGCAACCGGCACGAAGGGAGACGGGACGGGCGAGAAGAGGAAGAAGAAGUCGCGCGUCGAGGAGGGCGAGUUCGUUUGCCGGGAUUGCGGCACGGUCGAGUCGCCCGAAUGGCGCAAAGGUCCCGACGGACCCAAGUCACUGUGCAACGCCUGCGGCCUGCGCUACGCCAAGCUCGUCUCCAAGGCCAAGAAGGAGCAGAAGGCCGCCAAGGCGUGA